AUGCUACAGAAGAAGUUGUUGGUUGUCAUCUGUUUCUCUGUCCUGGUUUUGGCCAUACGAGCAGAGGAGGAAACUAAUGAUGAGAAAGGGGACUUGAAGGCUGAGGCAACCGGUUACGGUGGAGGCAUUGGCGGAGGUUACGGCGGAGGCUAUGGCGGAGGUGGUUACGGCGGAGGCUAUGGUGGAGGUGGUUACGGGGGAGGUUACGGCGGAUUUGGGGGCUUAGGUGGAUUUGGAGGUAUUGGUGGCGGUGGCGGUGGCGCCCGGCUUAUUUCUAUUCCAAUAGGUCUUACUGGUGUUAUACUUGGAGGUGGCUAUGGCGGUGGAAUUGGUGGCUAUGGCGGUGGAAUUGGUGGCUUUGGAGGUGGAAUUGGUGGCUUUGGCGGUGGAAUUGGUGGUUAUGGCGGUGGACGUGGUGGUUAUGGCGGUGGAGGAUAUGGAGGACGUAUAGGUGGUGGAAGAGGACGAUAUGGCUGGUGGUGGGAUUAG